CUUUUCAGUUUUCUCGGUGGCGUGACCGGUGUCCCUUCAUUCGCUUCUCAGAACCCCUCGGCCCCUUCCUUCUCCGGCUAACCGCCUCCUCUACCACCUUCACAAGAUCGGAAUCUUCGCAGCCGCCUCUCCCAUCUCAUCCAUGACUGUGGUGACUCCACCCCUCAUUGACAAAGAAGAAGAAGAGAUGCUAGUUCCCCACUCAGAGUUCCCGGAAGCUCCCCAGCCCAUGGAAGUUGUUCCAGCGGAAGCUGCCAGCACUGCUGAGAAUCAGCAGUUGGAGGACCCCCCGUCAUCUCGAUUCACGUGGACGAUUGAGAAUUUCUCAAGGUUAAGCGUUAAGAAACAUUACUCCGAGACUUUCAUUGUUGGUGGCUAUAAAUGGAGAAUUUUGAUAUUUCCAAAGGGAAACAAUGUAGAUCACCUGUCUAUGUACCUGGAUGUUGCUGAUUCAGCUAAUUUGCCAUAUGCGUGGAGUAGAUAUGCACAGUUUAGUCUUGCUGUGAUCAAUCAACCGAACAUCAAGUAUACUAUAAGAAAAGAUACUCAGCACCAAUUCAAUUCACGGGAAAGUGAUUGGGGAUUUACUUCAUUUAUGCCCCUUAGUGAUCUAUAUGACCCACUUAGAGGCUAUCUUGUAAAUGAUGUAGUGGUGGUUGAAGCUGAGGUUGUUGUUCGCAAAGUGGUUGAUUAUUGGACUUAUGACUCAAAAAAGGAAACAGGUUACGUUGGUCUGAAGAAUCAAGGUGCCACAUGUUAUAUGAACUCUCUUCUCCAAACUUUGUACCAUAUUCCAUAUUUCAGAAAGGCUGUGUACCAUAUGCCUACGACUGAGAAUGAUAUUCCUUCCGGAAGCAUCCCUUUGGCUCUUCAGAGUUUGUUUUAUAAGCUUCAGUACAGUGAUAGUAGUGUUGCUACGAAAGAGUUGACAAAAUCAUUUGGAUGGGAUACAUAUGAUUCAUUCAUGCAGCAUGAUGUGCAAGAACUUAAUAGGGUUCUUUGUGAGAAGCUGGAAGAUAAGAUGAAGGGAACUGUUGUUGAGGGCACUAUACAACAAUUAUUCGAAGGUCACCACAUGAACUAUAUUGAGUGUAUUAAUGUCGAUUACAAAUCAAGGCGGAAAGAGUCAUUCUAUGACCUUCAACUUGAUGUCAAAGGCUGUCGUGAUGUUUAUGCUUCCUUUGAUAAGUAUGUUGAAGUUGAGCGUCUUGAAGGAGACAACAAGUAUCAGGCAGAACAAUAUGGUUUACAGGAUGCUAAGAAGGGUGUACUCUUUAUCGACUUCCCUCCGGUUUUGCAACUCCAGCUAAAACGCUUUGAGUAUGAUUAUAUGAGGGAUACAAUGGUAAAGAUAAAUGAUAGAUAUGAGUUCCCAUUGCAGCUAGACCUUGAUAGGGACGAUGGAAAAUACCUUUCUCCUGAUGCUGAUAGAAGUGUUCGCAACCUUUACACUCUGCACAGCGUUCUUGUCCACAGCGGCGGUGUGCAUGGUGGACAUUACUAUGCUUUUAUUAGACCAAUUCUUUCUGAUCAGUGGUUUAAGUUUGAUGAUGAACGAGUGACAAAAGAAGAAAUGAAGAGGGCUCUGGAAGAGCAGUAUGGUGGUGAGGAAGAGUUGCCACAGACGAAUCCUGGCUUCAACAACACACCAUUUAAGUUUACAAAGUAUUCAAAUGCUUACAUGCUUGUCUACAUUCGUGAGAGUGACAAGGAUAAGAUAAUCUGCAGUGUGGAUGAAAAAGACAUCGCAGAACACCUUAGAAUUAGAUUGAAGAAAGAACAGGAAGAGAAAGAACACAAGAAGAAGGAAAAAGCAGAGGCUCACCUUUAUACUAUCAUAAAGGUUGCCCGAGAUGAAGACUUAACUGAGCAGAUAGGAAGGGGUAUUUAUUUUGAUUUGGUAGACCAUGACAAGGUUCGCAGCUUCCGUAUUCAAAAACAAAUGCCUUUCAAAGCUUUCAAGGAGGAGGUAGCCAAAGAAUUGGGAAUUCCAGUACAAUUCCAGCGUUUUUGGCUAUGGGCCAAGAGGCAAAACCAUACAUACCGCCCCAAUAGACCUUUAACCUUGAUAGAAGAAGCACAAUCUGUUGGACAAUUGAGGGAGGUGUCAACUAAAGGACAGACUGCUGAACUUCGCCUAUUUUUGGAAUUGGAGCUUGUUGACUCACGUCCUGUUCCUCUUCCUGACAAGACUAAGGAAGACAUAUUACUUUUUUUCAAGCUUUACGACCCUGUGAAGGAAGAGCUAAGGUACAUGGGUCGGCUCUUUGUCAAAGCACUUGGGAAACCUGCUGAAAUUCUAACAAAACUCAAUGAAAUGGCUGGUUUUUCACCAAAUGAAGAAAUUGAAUUGUACGAGGAAAUAAAGUUUGAACCAACCGUUAUGUGUGAGCGCAUUGACAAGAAGCUCAAUUUUAAAUCCAGCCAGCUUGAGGAUGGUGAUAUAGUUUGUUAUCAGAAAUGUCGGCGUGACAACGAUGAUCAGUGUCGCUAUCCGGAUAUCCCAUCCUUUUUGCGAUAUGUUCUUAGUCGGCAGGUUGUUCAUUUCAGAUCACUGGAGAAGCCAAAAGAGGAUGAUUUUUACUUAGAACUGUCAAAGUCUUAUACAUAUGAUGAUGUCGUUGAAAGAGUUGCUCGUCAUCUUGGUUUGGAUGAUGCAUCAAAAAUUCGUCUUACAUCCCAUAAUUGCUAUUCUCAGCAGCCAAAACCCCAGCCGAUCAAGUAUCGCGGUGUAGAGCACCUGUUAGACAUGUUGGUCCAUUAUAAUCAGAUUUCUGACAUACUAUAUUACGAAGUUCUGGACAUUCCUCUGCCUGAAUUACAAGGGUUGAAAACUCUUAAAGUUGCAUUCCACGUUGCCACAAAAGAUGAAAUCGUAGUUCAUAGUGUUAGACUGCCCAAAAACAGCGUUGUCGCUGAUGUUAUCAAUGACCUCAAAACUAAGGUUGAAUUAUCUCAUCCCAAUGCUGAACUCCGGUUACUGGAGGUCUUUUAUCACAAGAUCUACAAGAUCUUUCCGCUUAAUGAGAAGAUAGAAAAUAUAAAUGAUCAAUACUGGACUCUGCGUGCAGAAGAGAUACUCGAGGAAGAGAAAAAUCUUGGGCCACAAGAUCGUUUAAUUCAUGUCUACCACUUCAUGAAAGAUCAGAAUCAAAAUCAAAUGCAAGUUCAGAAUUUUGGCGAGCCUUUCUUCUUUGUUCUCCAUGAUGGAGAAACUUUGGCUGAAGUGAAGGUUCGAAUCCAGAAGAAACUGCAAAUUCCUGAUGAGGAGUUUUCCAAGUGGAAAUUUGCAUGCUUAGUACUUGGCCGGCAUGAAUAUCUUCAAGAUUCUGAUGUAGUUUCUGUUCGCUUUCAGAGAAGAGAUGUUUAUGGGGCUUGGGAGCAAUGCCUUGGAUUGGAACAUUCAGAUACUGCUCCAAAAAAAGCUUAUCAAGUAAAUCAGAACCGUCACAGCACAUACGAGAAGCCUGUGAAAAUUUACAACUAGGUAAAAAUGUGAUUUCCCAGGAUCAUUCAUUCGCCCCUUCUACUAAAAUACUUAAUUAAAUUAGUGCAAUCUAGCGUGGGAUGGGAAAUUUAGAUCCUAAAAUACAAAAAUAGCUUCUCUGAGAAAGACUCGUCUUUAGUCCCAGUUUAUUAAUGUUGUUGUCGCUGGAGGGCCAGGCCAUUUUGUUUUGAGGCUGGAAUGGCUUUGUUCUCGGUUUCCUGCGUAUUAUUUAGCAGAGGCAGUAUAAGUUUUCUGAUUAAUUUCCAAGGCUUCACAUCACCAUAAUGGCUUUCGUUUUCACCGUACUUUAGUACAUAAGAAAGUUUUUUUUUUUUUUUUUUGGUUUAGGAGAUGUAUAAAUAGGUAUAUAGCUCGUUCGGACGAGGAUAUUCUAUUUUUAAUUCUUGCAUUUGUUUGCCCAUUUUUGCUUUUUCUUUGUUAAAGAGGGUUGUAUAAUUCUGGUGAUUGUUAUCGAAUAAUUGAGCUGUUGAUUUGUGUAAAAGAUAUAUGUCUCUAACCUCGUUUAUUUCUUCUCUUUCUGAAGUACAAUUUUUUUUAUUUUUUUA